AUGCACAUCAUCAAGCCAGUCUGGCUUACACAUGGAGGUGAAAGGAAAGAUUUCGAGGUUUACAGUUGUGAUGUCUCGCCGGAUGGGAAGAGAUUGGUCACUGCGGCAGGAGAUGGAUACGUGCGGAUCUGGUCCACAGAGGCCAUUUAUAACACCGGUAAUCCGGAAUUUGCGAAUAAACCAAAACAGCUUGCCUCAAUGAGCAACCACUCCGGCACGAUUCAUACCGUUCGAUUCUCUCCAAAUGGUCGAUACCUUGCGUCAGGGGCGGAUGAUAAGAUUGUUUGCGUUUACACGCUGGAUACCAAUCCUCUAACACACGGCUCAACAUUCGGCUCCGACGAAGCACCACCUGUGGAGAACUGGCGUACGAUUCGGCGAUUGAUCGGACACGACAACGAUGUGCAGGAUCUGGGGUGGUCGUAUGACUCGUCGAUCCUGGUCUCUGUUGGACUUGAUUCUAAGGUGGUAGUGUGGUCUGGGCAUACAUUUGAGAAACUGAAGACUCUUUCUGUGCACCAGAGUCAUGUCAAAGGCAUCACAUUUGACCCCGCAAACAAGUACUUUGCUACCGCCAGUGAUGACCGUACUGUUCGCGUUUUCCGCUUUACGUCGCCCGCCCCCAACUCGACAUCUCAUGAUCAAAUGAACAAUUUUGUCUUGGAACAAACUAUCUCCGCCCCCUUCGCCAAUUCUCCUUUGACCGCAUAUUUCCGACGUUGCUCUUGGUCUCCUGAUGGUAUGCAUAUUGCUGCUGCGAACGCAGUCAAUGGGCCAGUUAGUUCAGUGGCUAUUGUCAACCGUGGCUCGUGGGAUGGAGAUAUCAACCUCAUCGGUCACGAAGCACCGGUCGAGGUGUGCUCAUUUUCCCCGCGUCUGUAUUCCCGGGAGCCUAUCCAAAAGCAAACGGGUGAUAACCACGCGGCGCAGCAUCAUAUAACCGUUAUUGCUUGCGCCGGUGCAGACAAGUCCCUCAGUGUCUGGAUUACUAGCAAUGCUCGCCCUAUCGUGGUAGCUCAAGAAAUGGCCGCCAAGUCUAUUUCAGACCUAGCCUGGAGUCCUGACGGCAAGUGUCUUUACGCUACAGCUCUUGAUGGCACCAUUGUAGCAGUCCGGUUCGAGGAAGGCGAGCUAGGAUAUGCAGUUGAAAUGGAAGAGAACGAGAAGUCUCUGACCAAGUUCGGAACAAACCGUAAGGGUGCCGGUAUUACAGAGACCACGGAUGCCUUGCUACUUGAAGAGAAGAGCAAAGCAGGCGAAAUCAAGGGCGUUGAAGGUCGUAUGGGUGCACUCAUGGGUGAUGGCGCAGAGCCUGCUGUCAAUGGAGGAUCUACAACGCAACCUGCGAAUGGUUCGACACCGGCACGAGCUUCGUCACCAAACCCAGAACCUGCGAAAGCGCAAACAAACGGAACACCGUCAACUCCCGCGGCUAAUGAAGCGGACAAACCCGAUCCGUACCUUGCUAAGCUGGAAAGACUCAAGUCACGUCCGACCUAUACGAAAGAAGGAAAGAAGCGAAUCGCCCCUCUACUUGUUUCUGGAGCCGGUGCUGGUGAAUCUUCUCUACCACAGGCUCGUUUGAUGGCUUCGGUAAGUAGCCAAGCCAAGUCAGAUGCCCCGGCAUCAAUUGUGGAUCUUUCAAAACCGUUCGAUGGGCUGCCCAAGGGUGGCUUAACUGCCUUGCUUCUUGGCAACAAGCGGAAACUGGGUCAAUUAGAGGGCGACGAGGAGGGGCAAACCGAAAAACGUGUGGCCCUGUCAAGUCAAAAUGGUGCCACGCCAAUCAUGGCGAACACACCUGAUGGACUUCUCCCAGCUCAAACACAGCCGGCAGUAGCAGGCCAACAGCCUACUCCAGAAUUUCUUCGACCUGCAGUCACAAAUCCUUGCAUGUCCGUCAGCCAACUGCGCCUUGCGGUUCCCAAGAUUCGCAGUCACAUCCUUCGUGCACUAGAUGCAACCGGCAAACCUACUGAGCCUCCAGCUACUGGAGGCGAUUCGAGCACCAAGUCCAACGUAGACGUUGUCUUUGAGGCUCGAAACCCCUCGCCAGCCAGUUUGACAGGUCGGGCUGUAGAUAGGGAACCUGUGCGCCUUACCCUUUUCCGCGGUGAACAACCACUUUGGCAGGAUUUCCUCCCCAAGUCUGUGCUACUAGUCACCGGAAAUCAAAGCAUGUGGGCGGCUGCCUGUGAGGAUGGCUCAGUUUACAUCUGGACUCCGGCUGGUCGCCGCCUGGUAAGCGCUUUGGUCUUGGAAGCGCAACCCGUCAUUCUGGAGUGUAACGGCCCAUGGAUUUUGUGCAUAUCAUCCGUGGGUAUGUGUUAUGUCUGGAAUGUGAAACACCUCUCUUCUCCACACCCACCUGUCUCUCUACAACCCGUUCUUGAUGCUGCUAUCUAUGUCAUGGGUGCCACACCCACUGUUGCUCCCGCUGUCACAGAUGCACGGGUCAAUUCAGAAGGCCGGAUUGUCGUGUCCUUGACCAAUGGUGAAGGAUAUUCUUACUCACCGUCCAUGUACACAUGGCAGCGUGUCUCAGAAGCCUGGUGGGCUGUUGGCAGCCAGUACUGGAACUCGACAGAAGCACCCGUGGGCAACCUGCAAGCAAGAGACGCACAUCAAGAUACGAAGGAUGCCAAGGCUGCAGUGUCGGCUGGUAUAAUUCCAUUCUUAGAGCGCAACACGACCAAUGAGACUCUACUCCGGGGUCGUGCAUACUUCCUGCAACGACUCAUUAAGGUUCUUCUUUCGCGUGAAGGCUACGAGACCCUUGAGUCCAGCGUCUCCAUCGCUCAUCUUGAGAACCGCAUGGCUGCUGCUCUCUCUCUGGGUGCGAAGGAGGAAUUCCGCCUUUACUUGAACAUGUAUGCCAAGCGUAUCGGAGCCGAGGGCAUGAAAUUGAAGGUCGAGGAGCUUCUCAAGGGAUUGAUUGGGGGCUUAUUCGAUGAAGACGAAGGCUCCGAUGCCGUGUCAAGACUACAGGCCAAUGAGCGCGAGGGCCGCAAUUGGUGCGAGGGUUCGGAUGAUCUUUGUGGUUGGCCACGGGAGACUUUGCUGAAGGAGGUGAUUCUUGCUCUUGGCAAAUACCGGGAACUUCAGCGCGUCACUGUUCCAUACGCUAAGCUACUGGAUCUGGUGGACACUACCACAGAUGGUGAUGCGAUGGAUCUAUGA